AUGCGAACGGAGGUGCCAGCGUUUAAACGAUGCUGUUUUUGUGUACCGCUACGGUAUGGUCUGCUUACAUGGGCGUAUAUAAAAUUGGUGGCACUGGCCUUUUUAGCAAUCUUCUUCACGAUGCACUUGUACUACAUGAUCAGAAAUUAUACCGUGACCCCAAGAGUAUUCAAUUCAAGAGAUCUUCACGACAUUACGGUCAUAAGUGUGUUGUUUGCAAUCUGUCUCAUUGAAUUCUGUUUCACUCUCUCGUUCAUCGUUGGAGGGCAUAAGAAAAACGCAAAACUCAUGCGUGUGUUUUACGUCUAUAAUAUUGUGAUGUGGGUGCUCACCCUCGUUCUAAUUAUGAUCCUGGUGGUGUCAUUGCUAAGGAAAAUGGAUCCAUCUCAUGUCUUUUCCUACAACUCCUGGAAGUUCCUCGUUACGACUGCUCACUUUUUUUUCACUUUAUUGGUACAAGUCUACUUUAUGCUCCUGUUAAGAAGUGAGAUCUUAAAACUUGAGGGCAAGUACGGGUUCAGCUUCGUGAACAAUGCGGCUGAGGGAGAGUGCACAAUGAGAGAAGGCACUCAAAUAAAGGGAGACUGGAAGACAACAGACGGUCAAGAAGAAAAUAAGACUGAGUCAGGUGCGGUGGAUGAAGAAGGAAAAUCGUCUGAACAGGCAAUGCGGUACCCCUAG